AUGGUGUCGCGUAAGCGUGCCAGAGAGGAAACCGAGGCUCAAAGCGCCCCAGAGCCCCAGGAACAUGGCCUCCUUCAUCAGCUGCGCAACAUGUGGGAGUUUCCAAACUUGAUGCAGUACAUAUAUACAUUUGGCAAGCCGAUGAAACUUGAUGAUGAUAUCGAUAUAGAGGAACUCGAGACGGAGUGCCUUAAACCUGGACACUCAGAGAGACUGCUCAACAUCGGUCUGAAUCUCCUCAAAUUCGUUUCCUCCCACCGUGGUCUUAAUUACGAUAACUUUGAAGAGUAUACACGGCGGCAGUACCUUGCGAAAGCGCCCCUCCGCAACCCUUUUGGAGACGAUGAGUCCCCAUUGAAGUUUCACCAGCUGGAUAUCUUCCAGAGAAUACGCGUUCUACAACAGCUAUCUGCUUGGACCCUCUGGAAUCCAGAUCGGUUUCGAGAGCGGAUGGGAGAGGUUAAAGAAUCGGAUCAAUUACAAUGGAGAAUUAAUGAAAUUGGAUACGACCGUGAUGAACACCAAUAUUAUGUUCUUGAUGAUAACCGUCUAUACCGUCGCAUAGAACCUCAGAUUCCGCCGGAGAGACCCGUGAAACGAAAAGCAACUAGCAGGAAACGUAGAGCAGGCAUCCGCUCAUCGAAACGAAGAAAAGUUGCCGAUACCCCAGAUGAAACUGAUGGCCAAGAGGAUGAGGCUGAUGCUGUGCCAUCGAAUUGUAGUCGAGACUACGAGUGGGAAUGUGUUGCCAUCACCUUGAAUGACUACAAUACAUUUAUUGACUCGUUAAAGAAGUCCAAGGAUUUAAACGAACAGGCGCUCUAUGAGCGCCUCGUCGAAGAUGUCUUGCCUGUCAUUGAAAAAGUAGAAGAGCUACAGCAAAAGAAAGCUCUUCGUAGAGAAAAAGAACUGAUAGCCCUUGAAAAACUAGCCACUGCAAAAAGAUCUAGUAGAAUUGCGAGCAAACAAGACAGGAUACGCCAGGAGCAACAAGCAGCUGAAGAAGCUAAAAGACAGGAAGCUGAGCGGAUUGCCGAACAAAAGGCCAAAGAAAAGGCUCAAAAGAUUGAAAAAGAACGGCAGUACCGCUUGAUGACUCGUGAACAGCGUCUGAAAGACCGUGAGGAGAAGAGGAAACAGCAGGAAGAAGAGCUGGUUCGUUUGACUGAAAAGGCCAAGCUUGCUGAGGAAGGGGAAGCAAGGUCAUCACGCCGCAAUUUCAAUGCUGAGUUGGAAAAGCGACAGAAAGGCUUGGAAAAUCUCGAGGUUGAAGAUUGGACAUUCGACUGUUCUGGUUGCGGUAUCCAUGGAGAGAAUCUGGACGAUGGGUCUCACAGUGUUGCAUGUGACAAGUGCAAUGUCUGGCAGCAUAGCAAAUGCCUUGGUAUUUCCCAGGAAGAGGCAGAGAAAGACGACUUCCACUUCAUAUGCAAGGAUUGUCAGAGGCGCAUUGAAGAAGCAAAACGACCCAAGAUUCCACCGUUGAAGUUCCGCAUCACGUCAUCAGCUUCACCUCCUUCGAAAAAAGAGCCCCAGGUGAGCAAUGGAUCCAUUCUCACCAAGCAACAACCUACCAACCACCAGAAUGUUUCUUCGACCCAGCAAUUCCGGCCUGCCCCAAUUGAACCGCGUCUAUUUACAUCAAAUCGCCCCCCUGUUGCAUCCCACUCAAUAUACGCUCAAAACGGCUCCCCUCAACCAGGAUAUCCUCCCGCUCCUCAGUCAAAUACUGCCGUCUCUUAUGGACACCAGCCUGCUCCCGUUCACACCCUACCUCAAGCUUCAAUCCCUAGAAACAUGAUGUCGUCUUUCAGCAGCCAGCGUCCAACUUCUUCUGGCUCUAUACCAAGCAACUUCCCCUCCCCUGUCCAGAAUCGGCCAUCCAUGUCCCCAACUCAGGGCAAUGGAGAUGUCGGCCCGCUAGCCGGGUUCCCACCCGCCCCCGCACCAGCUCCUACCAGUAGUGCUCCCUCACCUGGAUCAAACGGCACAUAUUCAGGUACUACAUACCAAUGUAAUCCUAGUGGCUACUCUCCAUAUUCUUCAUUCCAGAUUCAGCAACACCCUCAGCAACAGCAUCAGCAUCAGCAACGGAACCAGAACCAGGGGCUACAGCAACAGCAUCAGCGACAACAGUAUCAUCCAUCAAGCCAAUCUCCAACUACCUCUUUUUCAGCCACGACCAAUCAUCAGGCUUCAUUUAGCCAAACGCCUCCAUCAAAUCGCUACUCCCCUGGAAUUCCUAUGUCUGGCCUUAGUCCUACAAAACACUCUCCCGCGCAAACUGCUUCCUCAAGCGAAGUUGGUGUUCAGCCAGUUGUCCCCCCUGUGCAGAGACUGCAACCUAGCCCGAAGCUGAUGGGUAGGACAUCACCGGAUGCUCCUAUCCCAGCUCCAAUGAAAUCCAUGGCCGCGGAGACAAUAUUGACAACUAACGGAAUGCCACAACAUCACCACCAGCCUAGAAUAUUGAAUUACUCUCCGCCUACCUCUACUCAUCCGAUCUCAUUUGAACACAGGCAGCCAGAGUCCCAGAGCCAAUGUUCCCCUAGAAAAUCCACUUGA